AUGAUAUGAUGAAAAUGUAUGUUCUCAAUCGAGUACGGGAAACGGGAAAUGAGAAUAGUCGAAAAGCGCGUGGCAGAAUGUUUCUAGUCUCAUCAUCCAAUAUAUAAGUGAAAAACAGUGUCACACCGCAGUCACACUUUUUUUUACCAACCCUCGAGUGAAUAAUAGAGACAAAAUGAUAGGACAAUUUGAAAAAAUCAAAGGAGGAAACGCUGAGAUGACUCAAUCCAUGCAAAUGAUAAUGUUUUUCAAACAUAAUAAAAGAUAAAGCAUCUUUGAGGAAGAAUGCAAUCAUGAGAAUCCAUGUCAACCGCACAAAGAUGUCAAAACGUCUGAGCUUGUAUGGACUGGUUGGCCUGACGUCUCUCUGCAUUUUCUUUUUGGCCUUUAGUCAACGUUAUAGCGGAUAUCUUGAGCAUCGUCUGCAGCCAGUCAUAUCGGAAGUUCAAGUGAGGCCACAGAUUAUCAAAAUUCCAGAUCCAGUCACGGAGUUGGCUCGAAAUGAAAACUUACUGUCGCUCAACGAUAUCACGAAUCUUGAGAUCAACCGGGUCCUCGAUCUGCAAAGAAGAUCUAUAGAAAGAGAAAUGUAUACCUACGAUUAUCCAAACGGAAAAUAUGGCGUUAACGUUAGUUCACUGGACGAUCUUGUUAUGGAAAGAGGCGGCAGACCAAUGAGAAGCGUAAUACUCACGAGUUGGCGGAGCGGCAGUACUUUUCUCGGUGAUGUAAUAAACGCUCAUCCAGCGAGUUUUUAUCAUUAUGAGCCAUUAUUGCACUUCGGAAUCGUCCAAGUGAGAGAGCCCGAAUUGGCGAACGAAGCUCUCGAAAAUAUCUAUGCCUUGUUCAAGUGCGAUUACGACAAACUCCAAAAUUAUUUAGAUUACGGGAGAAAUGGUCGUCCAUGGGUGUUCAAUCAUAAUACCCGCCUGUGGCAGCAAUGUCAAAAUCAUAAAGAAAUUUGCUGGGAUUCCCGUUUCGUCUCAAAGUUUUGUCGAUUGUUUCCAUUUCAAUCAAUGAAACUGGUUAGGUUGAGACUCAAAGUGGCUCAAAUAUUCCUAGAAGAAGAGAGUUUGGGAGUCCGAAUGGUCUUGUUAAUUCGAGAUCCGCGAGGGUUGUUGCAAUCUCGAAAACAUCGUGGUUGGUGUCCUAGUAAUCCAGACUGCUCCGAUCCAUCUCUCGUUUGCAAUGAUAUGGUGUCGGAUUUCAUGGUAUCCGUCCAACUCGCGAAAAAAUACCCGCAAACCUUCAGAGUCGUCAGGUAUGAAGAUCUGUCGGUGGAUCCGUUCACGUACGCCAGAAGCUUGUACAAAUUUUACGGUUUGGAUCUUCAUCCGAACGUUCAAAAGUACCUAGAGACGCAUACAAAAAACGACGUCGGUGGUCUCUGGAGCACAUAUAGAAAUUCGAAAACAGCGCCGUUCCACUGGCGCAAUGAUCUCGAUUACGAGGAGGUCGAGGAAAUUCAAAGUGUUUGUUCUCAUGCUAUGAAACUGUGGGGUUACGUGCUGGCCAUGAAUGCAACGCAUCAAAGAGACUUCGAUCCGAUAACAAAUUACUCCCUGGAUUUGUGACCAACAUGGUUGCGAUGGUGCCUAUUUCUGUUAUUGACUAUCCAACAGCAGCAACUCCCACGUAGAUACUCAAUUAUCAAUAUUCAUGAAUCUCGUUACCAAGGGUCUGCACCACAACAACAAAAACACUCCAAUCAUUCUCGACCUUUAGUAAUAAUGACGCUCUCACCGAAUAUUCGUAUUUCUACUCAUCGAUAGUGAUAAGACAUUUUUAUUUAAUGAACGAGAAUUACUCUAAUCGGUAACAUUACAUUUUCGAGUUAGAUUAUAACUUUAUUUUCACUUGUUGAGUCAGCAUUUCUCACAAUGACGAAAUUUUUUAUUUCAACAGCAGAACUCGCGAACAUUUUCAAUGUAAACACACUAAUAAGAUUACUCUAAUAUUCUGUUCUUCCUUGACAUGGUAACAUUCCAUCUCCAAGUACGACAGUCCUGAGGAAUAACACUCGAAAAAAUUCUUCAGUUUUUACAUUAGUCAGUGCAAUUUUUAUUAAAGAUUGUUUGUCAAAGGGAAUGCUGAACGCCACAAAGUCCCGUGUCGCAUUGUUUUUAGUUACUUUCAUAUUAAGGAAAAAACUAUGAAAAAAGGGAGAAUUAAUCACUACAAAUAAAACUAAUUUUUUAGACCAGUGUACUUUAGAAACUAAAUGAAUGGACGUAUCAUAGCGGUACUAUAAUACUAUUAAUAUUAUAAUUAUUAUAAGUAAUUCGACAAUGUCGAGAAUAAUUUAGAAAUUCAUAAAAUGUCCGAGUGUCCGAGUUUUUUUCUUCAUCGAAAUUCCAGAGUCAGGCUUCUGCGGGGAAACAAUCUCUAUCUGCGAGAUCCCGUUCGCAUUCGAAUACGAAGAAAUUCUGUGUACUACUAGAGUGUCGCACAGUACUGCAUUUUCGAUUCAACAAGGUCAGAAUUGUCUGUUUGAGUAGUUAAAAAAACAGAGUCACAAUAUUUUAAAUUUUGGCCCCAUAAUCAAACAACCAAAAUAAAAACAAGUAGUUUUCAGUGUAUUGACGACCGAAUAAUGCUGUUAAUUUUUCGCAAUAAUUAUUCUAGUGAAAACAAUGAAUCUCAAAUCUCACGUCAAAGCUACUUAUUAGUGGCAGAUCUGCAGUAGCAAUGUCAUUAAUAUCUAAUGCUAUUUAACAAUUUCGUUAUACUCGGGCAAUUGGGCAUUCUCGAUAGUAAAACUAAUCAAUUACUGGGACUGCAAGGUUUCACGAAAAAAGUUACGUUAAAAUUUCUCUAUGGAUAUUUGAUAAAAAUGCACAUUGUUUAUAAAAAUGACUUAUGAAUAAGAUACACUUCUAAAUGAA